UUUUCCUUCCACUUUGGCACAUGAAAAUUUAAACCAAGUUCAAUGUUUGACGAAGCACUAUAUAAGAUUAAUAUCGUUUUAUACUAUGCGGAUGAACUAGAUAUGCCGGAAUAAAGACCAAUGAAAUAUUAUGAAGUUCAUAGUUCCAAUAUGAAAAGAAUAAUUACGCCUGCAACACCUAGCAUAACUGACGGCGAAAACGAUGCUCAUGACUUGCGAUGUAUUGGAAAACCUAUCACGUUAAUGCUUCGAUCCAAAUCUCGUCUUUCUACACCAAGUAUUCAACCAUGGUUACGUUCACCGAAUUUGACUUCCAAGAGUAAUGUUUCGCUACGGACACCAGAACUCAGUUUGGAAGAUGGAAAAGAAAAUACGCGUAAUUUAACUGUAAAGCGACAUGAGAAUGCUACUAGCACUUUACCGGCAUUAGUACAAAAAAAUAAAACUCCGCUAACAUCUUCAUUGAUGUGCCACAAAAAGUCAAAGCGGCGAAACCAAACCACAGGGAGCCAGCGAAAGAAAAGUGAUUCAGAAAUGGGGAAUGUCUUGCCAAAGAUGGAGGGAUGGUCACAGAGGGAACAUCCUGAUAUUAUUAUAGGACGAAGAACCACCAGAGCAUUUACAUUCUCUUAUAUAAAUGAAAUGUAAAAAACAGUUACUGAUUAGAGUGCGUCUGUCUAAUAUAAUUAGUCACUGUCA